GCUACAAGGAUAUAUGGUACAACACGGAGAGGUGCAGGCGUCCCCCCAAAAGGGUGUGGUCCAUCCAUGGCAAGUGACGACAUCACCAGCUUCCCUUUGGCUCUCCCAGGCAGAGAGGGAGCAUCCUUUUCUCGGUCGGAACCCCAGGAUCAGGAGGACUUGGGGCCUGUUAGGAAGAGAAUGAAAGGAGAUGCAGAUGGGGAUCCCAACCUGGACCUGCCAGCGGGGGUCGCAGACCAGGACAGAGACACCCAGGCCAGCCUUGAGGUCAGAGCUGCAGCCGUGAAGCCAGACAAGAUGGAGGAGACACUCACCUGCAUCAUCUGCCAGGACCUGCUGCAUGACUGUGUGAGCCUGCAGCCCUGCAUGCACACCUUCUGCGCAGCCUGCUACUCGGGCUGGAUGGAGCGCUCUGCCCUGUGCCCCACCUGCCGCUGUCCAGUUGAGCGCAUCUGCAAAAACCACAUCCUCAACAACCUGGUGGAGGCCUACCUGCUACAGCACCCGGACAAGGGCCGCAGCGAGGAGGACAUGCGCAGCAUGGCCGCCAGGAACGGGAUCACUCAGGACAUGCUGCAGCCCAAAGUCCGGAGGGCCUUCUCGGACGAGGAGGGCAGCUCCGAGGACCUGCUGGAGUUGUCAGACGUGGACAGUGAGUCCUCGGACGUUAGCCAGCCGUACGUUGUGUGCAGACAGUGCCCUGAGUACCGAAGGCAGGCGGGGCAGCCUCUUCCCUGCCCAGGGCCUGGCAGUGAGCCAGGGGCACCAGCAGCCCCUGGGGAUGCACCGUCAACAUCCACCAGUGUUGCAACAGCCCAGGACUACGUGUGUGCCCUGCAAGGAAGCCAUGCCAUUUGCAACUGCUGCUUCCAGCCCAUGCCCGACCGGCGGGCGGAGCGUGAGCGGGACCCUCGCAUUGCCCCCUAGCAGUGUGCUGUUUGCCUACAGCCCUUCUGCCACUUGUACUGGGGCUGUGCCCGCACCGACUGCCUUGGCUGCCUGGCCCCAUUCUGUGAACUCAACCUGGGUGACAGGUGUCUGGACGGGGUGCUGAGCAACAACAACUACGAGUCGGACAUCCUAAAGAAUUACCUGGUGACCAGGGGUUUGACGUGGAAAAACGUGCUGACCGAAAGUCUCGUGGCUCUGCAGAGGGGAGUGUACCUGCUGUCUGAUUACAGAGUCACCGGGAACACCGUGCUGUGCUACUGCUGCGGCCUGCGGAGCUUCCGAGAGCUGUCCUACCAGUAUCGGCAGAACAUUCCCGCUUCCGAGCUGCCGGUGGCUGUAACAUCCCGUCCUGAUUGCUACUGGGGCCGCAACUGCCGCACUCAAGUGAAGGCCCACCAUGCAAUGAAAUUCAAUCACAUCUGUGAACAGACGAGGUUCAAGAACUAAGCAUCCAGUGAGGCACCCAGAUGGCUGAGGAAUAUUGGAGGUCGAGGACAAGUGUUUCAGAAAAUACCGAAUUCCGACAGUUUGAGGGCAUUUUACAGCCCCCCUUAGGGGACACUGGGGGGGGGGGGAUCUCCGCGUUGGGCCCUGUGGUGUGACUUUUACUUUGCGGAGUGAGACCCUCGGUAAGAAGCCCUCCAGUGGCCUGGGAGGCCCAGGGCGGCACAGGACGGCACAAGCUGUUCUCCGAGCUCUGGGGCCCGAGAAGCAGCCAUGACCUGUUCCCUCCCGCUGAGAUGACCGCAGGCCUGCCCUCUGCACCUUCCCGCACCACUGCAACACAGCCAUCCCUCUUCAGGAGAAGCGUCCUGGGAGAGGGAGGAAAGUUUGUCAGGAGCGCUGUGUCCUUUGAGGAAGGGGAGGCUGACAGGCCGUGGGCGUCCAGCACGCCUGCUGCAGGGCGAGCCAAUGUCUCACGCUUGUGUUUUCAUAGAUUUGGUGCUUAUCCUCUAAUAAGACUUACCUAUCACAACCAGUAGCACAAAUGAUAUAAUUUAUAGUGUACAAAUUGGACUAAAAUUGGGGCUAGUAUGAUAUUUGAAAGAGUAUGUCUCUGUCGAUUACAAACAAGUCAUCAGCCAUCCAGGGCUGCUAACCCCAGACCCCCGGCGUCGAGGGCAAGGUCGGGCCCGUUUCUUGCUCCUCCCCUGUGUUGGGGGCUGGGGGCUGCCCAGGGGUAACCCUCUGGCUCCUCUGGAGCAGCCCCUUCCCGCCAAGAGCGUGAGGGACCCGUGCUUCCCUGAGUCCUCGCCCUCUCCUCCUGCGUUGGGUGUGCCGUGUCAUCCGGAACAAUACUUGAAAUUUUGUUCUUUGUUUAAAAAAAAAAGUUUGUUUAUCCUUUGUCGAAAUCACUUGUUAGGUUUGUCUGCAAAAGGGUAACUUUUUUGCUUCUCCU